CUUGAAUAAAGGGCCAGGCCAGAAGCUACGUUUGGUGGCCCAAGUUAAACCAGACGUUGGAGCAGGUUGCUCAGUCGUGCGACGGGUGUCAGGCUCACAGAAUUGCACCACCAGAAGCAACAUUACAUCCGUGGAUAAACCCAAGGCGCCCAUGGGCUCUACUACAUCUUGAUUUUGCCUGUCCUUUCAUGGAAAAUGGUUUCUCAUCCUCGUAGAUGCCUUCUCUAAAUGGCUAGAAGUUUACCCAAUGCAUGCCGCAACAGCAAGGGCGACCGUUAAAAUCCUACAAAGCAUGUUCGCAACACAUGGAAUUCCACAUGUGAUGAUCACCGAUAAUGGGUCUGUCUUUACCAGAGCGGAAUUUGGUGACUUUAUAAAAGGCAAUGGAAUCAAACAUGUGACAUCUGCCCCUUACCACCCGGCUACUAAUAGGCUAGCGGAGAGAGCAGUCCGGACAUUUAAGGAAGCCAUGAAAAAGAUGGAGACGGAGUGUGGCUCUCUAGAGAGUAAGGUAGAUCGGUUCGAGUUUCGCUAUCGCCUGACGCCGCAUGCCACAACAGGGAAACCACCCGCCGUUUUGUUGAUGGAGAGGAGACCUCGCAGUCGGUUAGACCUCAUGCAUCCCGACUUAGCCCUAAAGAUUCUACUUAAACAACAACGACAGAAGCAAGACAAUGACAAGACUUGCAGGGAGAGGACCUUCGAAGUAGGACAACAUGUCUUUGUGAGGAAUUUCAGUAAGGGAUGUAAGUGGCUUCCAGGGACAAUACUGGAGCGGACUGGACCAGCCUCUUUGUGCUGUGGGUUGACGGACGGAACGGUAGUCUGGCAACAGCAGGACCAGAUGCGCAACACAAUAACAACAGGCAAAGUUGGAGAAGUAGCAUUAGCACCUGGCACAGAUGAUUCGGUGUUAGACGAUUUAGAGGAUGGUACCGUGACGGGAAGGGCCAGCAUGAGUAACGUACAGAAUCCUGCAGAUGCUUCUGUUGAGCGAACAGCGCAGCCUGAAGAAAAACAUCCGCGUAGCGAGGAACAACCUACAUCGCCAGAGAUGAUAGCACCAACAAUUGAACCGGUUAUACGAAGACAUCACGUACAUCCAAGCCACCAGACCGAACGGACUUGCAGCGGUAAUAACAUUUUAACUUCAGUAGAAUAAGACGUUUUAAUCUUAGAAGGGAAGGAAUGUAGUAUAGUGUAUAUAUGGGACUGGGAUAGUGGCGCGUGCGCGGUGUGGUCUGUUGAAGAUUUAGGCGGGUUCUGUAUAAGCGCUGUGUAUUAGUAAUAAAACCAUCCAAGUUACUACAACUUUUAGUGUAGAAAAUUGACCUAUUUGUCUCACAGACACAAAAUCGUAAUAUGAUUUGAUCGAUUUAGUCGAAUGCAGCUCCUCCACAUUACCAAAUUGAGUUUGCUUUC